AUGGAGGAUGCUUUGUCUAGGAGGGAUGAGAAUAUUAGUUCAAAAACUGAAGUGAUCCUCUUAGCAAUAUCCAUUGUAACAACUAGAUGGUGGGAUAAGAUCAAGGUAGAAUACAAUAAGGACUUUGACACCUCCAACUUAGUUACUCAACAACGAGAGUGUACUCUUUCUCAGAAAGUCUCUAGUAAAAGGGGUCUAAUUCUUUAUAAAGAAAGGGUGGUAGUACCUAACUCUGGAGAUCUCAGGGUAAAGCUACUACAACAACUCCACAGAAAUCUAGAAUGGGUCCAUUCGAGGUAUGAUAAGACACUGGACAGGGUGAAGAGGGAUGUCUUUUGGCCAAGCCUAAAGUUAGACAUUAGGAGGUUCAUCAGGGAAUGUGAAAUCUAUCAUACUGUGAAAAUAGACCAGUGGUCUCUUUCAACCCCUCUCCAUCCCUUCACUCCCAUGGAUCCAUAUCACCAUGAAUUUUGUGGAAGGUCUGCCUACGUCUCAGGGUUACAAUAG